CAUAUUCAGUUGGCGGCUUCUUGUGAAUUAUCAGAACAAAAUGGAAACGGAGGACGCUGUGUUUUCUGUGACGGACUCCGAUAAAGAAGUUUGUCGAAAUGCAGUGUUCGAAUCGGAAGCUGAGUCGGGGGGUAUCUCCAGGUUUAGGUCGACGGCGCUUUCAAGCGAUGGAAACGAGGAGCCGCUUGAAAACAAGCAACAGAAUGCGCCUUCGGCGGAUGCCAUAAACGAGCAGCCCCGGCGCUCCCGACUGAAGCUGUUCAAGAAAGUCAUGGAGAAGAGCUUGAAGAAACUUACCAGCGACAGUAGUUUCCAGUUGUUUGCCCACACUUUCCAGCCAUUCUACAAACAAGAGCCUCAAAUGACCCAGGCCAUCCACAGGCAGUUUGUCAAGGAGCUGAAGGACUCCAUUGAGGGAGACAUUAAGCUGUUGAUAGAAGAGAUGCAGCUGGAGUCUGCUCUCUGCACUCUGGAUAAGUUAGAACAGGAGGCAGCAAAUCAGGAAGAAGCAGCGUGGCGUCCCAGUGGUGUCCCAGAAGAUGACGUGAGCAGCAUUCUGCUUCCAUAUUACCGGAGUCGCCUAAAGGAGCUGCGAAAGACUGUCCAUGGACUAGAACAGGAAAAUGCCCAGGUAGCAGCGAAGGUUUUGGCACAAAGGGAGGAAAUCAUGAAGAAGCAACAGCAAAUUUCAGACCAAUUAGAACAGUGGAAGGAUUUUCAUAAAGCUGCAGAGAAUAAAUUUUCUCCGCUCUACCAUUAGGAGAUCCUUGGAAGCCUUUAUUGGCAGUUCUUCAGAGCCUUCGCCAGAAAUGCCAGAGCUGCUAGCUAAGAGACUGUGGUUUGGUAUGGGAGAAGAACAGAGUUUCUUCAAAGUAAUUCUGCCACCUUAUGAAGACACGCAGUAAAAGAGCUAUUCGGGCCCUGUCACCACAUGGUGUGUGGUACGCUUUGGCUUGUUAACAUCACUAGUUAUCUAGGUAAGGACAAUAACCACAGUGGUUCUGCUCUUGUUUUAUGAAACCAUCUAAAGUGUUUUAGAGUCCUCAAAAUACAGCAGAUAAUGUGUUAUUAUUUACAUAAUGUACAUACUUUGUAGUAGCAUAUUCUGGCCAUUGUUAAAGAUUUUAUGUAACUUUUUACUUUUUGUAUUAUAGUUUUAUUGUUAAUAUACAAGGUCUAGUUAUCUUUCAUCUGCUUGUAACUGUAGAUCAUUUCAAAUUUCUCAAGGUAAAUUCUGUUUAUUAGCUUUCAAAGAGAAUUUUCCACAACAUAUUUACACAAAUUCCAAUUUGAAUAGACAACUGCAAUUGAAGUAUGGGAGCUUGCAAAAAAGUAUUAAAGUUUAAUUUAAUAUGGGAAAACA